AUGGUGAUGAAUAACAGUGUGAUCGAGUUCAUUUUGUUUGGGUUGACACAGGAUGCAGGAAAGCAGAAAGCAAUAUUUGGGGUCUUCCUGAUGCUUUACCUUGCGACACUGAUGGGGAACUUUCUCAUUGUAGUGACUAUCAAAACAAGCAGGACCCUUGACAAUCCCAUGUAUUUCUUCCUGUUCUAUUUGUCCUUUGCCGAUGCCUGCUUCUCUACAACCACAGCCCCCAGAUUGAUUGUGAACUCCCUUUCUCAGAAGAAGACCAUCUCCUACAAUGAGUGCAUGACUCAGGUCUUUGCAGCCCAUUUCUUUGGCUGCAUGGAGAUCUUUGUGCUCCUCCUCAUGGCCUUUGAUCGCUACGUCGCCAUUUGUAAGCCUUUGCAGUACACCACCAUCAUGAGCCAUCGAGUCUGUGGUGUGCUGGUGAUUCUGGCCUGGGUGGGAUCCUGUAUCCACUCCUCAGCACAGAUAGUACUAGCUUUGCAACUGCCUUUCUGUGGCCCAAAUGUGAUUGACCACUACUUCUGUGACUUGCAGCCCUUGUUGAAACUUGCCUGCAUGGACACGUAUGUGAUAAACUUGCUAGUUGUUUCUAAUAGUGGGGCCAUUUGCAUGGUGAGCUUUAUAAUCCUGCUUCUCUCCUAUGGUGUCAUCUUGUACUCUCUGAGAAACCACAGCGCAGAAGGAAGGCAAAAAGCCCUUUCUACAUGCACCUCCCACUUUAUUGUGGUUGUCAUAUUUUUUGGCCCAUGUAUAUUCAUAUACACCCGCCCACCGACCACAUUUCCAAUAGACAAGAUGGUGGCUGUGUUUUAUACAAUUGGGACACCCUUGCUCAACCCUCUGAUCUAUACAUUGAGGAAUGCAGAAGUGAGAAACGCCAUGAAAAAAUUAUGGUGGAGGAAUGUUUAUCUUCAAAAUACUGGACGAAAGGUGGAAAUAAUCCUCUAG